AUGGAGGCCUACGUGGGCGAAGCUGGGAAUGUGGUGAAGGCAUGGAGUCAGCGUGCUGCGAUCAUUCGCUGCAUGCGCACCCUUCGGGCACCGGAGGUGAAGCAAAAGAUGGACGAGCUUCAACAGAAACAGGUGGAAGAUGCUUUGGACCCACCCAUGAGCCUGAUUCUGGCAGCGGCAGGAGCCUAUGGCUCGACCUACGUAGCCCUACGCCGACCACUUCGAUCGCGACCGCUGCUGCUGCAGCUUGCAGCUUGCGGGCCUCCUGCUGCCGUCCUCUGCAUGGGCGGGCUGUGUAUCGGUCGGAGGUUGCUGAAAGACUUGCUGUCGCGAGACAGUGCCCUCACUCAAGAGCUUCGACCUCAUUGCUCGGAACUUGUCUAG